UUAAUUCCAUCUACUUUUCAUCUUUUUAUAACAAUAAUAAUAUUGUCUUCUUUUUUUCCUUUUUUCACAAUAUUAUUUUUAAUAAUCUUAUUUUAAAAGAAGAUUUGCAUCUCAGUUUCAGGCUUCACACUUGACGAUUGACAAUCACGUGCCCUAUCACUAAUCUACAUGAUAUGGUACAAGUUACAACGCUGACUAGUGACUGAAAUGUUGGUUUACAGUAUCUUUCAACAUGAUCACUGCACUUCUUCCAAAAGAAUUGAUUAUUUAAAAUUGGAGCAUGUAAUUUGAUUCUGAGGUUGUUAUAUAUUUUUAAAAAUAAAAUUAAGAAUAAAUUUGUUUCCAUUGUAGAUAAAAAUAGAGCUAAGGAAAUUUCCAGUGGGUGGGUGGGGUCUCUAAAGAUUGCAAGUACUAUGAGAUAUAGUGCUUUUCUGAGACUCUGUAUGAAAAGAAAACUGUCACCAUUAAAGCCAGAAACCUCAGCCCCUGUUUUUUCUCCUUUACUUGCUCUGCAUGCCAACUACCCUCAAUUUUGAUCUCUGUUUUUUUUUAAAAAAAAAUUUCAAUCUUGUUCUUCUCCCAAGCAAAAAAAAUAUAAUAAAAAAGAACAUUCCUUUAAUUUGCAAUAUAAGGCAAUCUAUUCGCAUUUUUAAUGAGGUUUUAUCAAGAUCGUAGCAGCAUUAACUGUUUGGUAGCUCAAUCUUGACUUGUCUGCACAUUUAGACUUUAAUGCUUUUCAUUUUCACUGAACUAGAAAGGGUCCACCCAUAUAAUUUCCUUAUUCAUGAUUAGCCAAGAACGUAAAAUGGGUUGCUUCAAGAUACUUGGAAACUUGGCUCCAUUUUGAAGUCACUGCUAAAUGGGUUUCUUCAAUAUUUUUGUGAUAGUAUUGGUUAUUUGCGCUUUCUUUAUAGCAAAUACUUAUCAGUUACAGUCCUAUGAAAUUCAAGCUCUUCUUCAGUUGAGGAAGCACUUGGAAUAUCCAGUUCAGUUGGAUGUUUGGGAGAAUUACCAUGGAGAUUUUUGCAGCUUGACUUCAACACUGCAUAUGAGCAUUAACUGUCAAGAUAACUCUGUUACUGAACUCAAAAUCAAAGGAGAUAAGUUAGUUAAGUUGAAUGAAUUUCAUGGAUUUGCAAUUCCAAACCAAACAUUAUCUGAGGGUUUCUCCAUUGAUUCUUUUGUUACCACAUUGACAAGGUUACGUAGCUUAAAGGUUCUUACUUUAGUUUCUCUUGGUAUUUGGGGACCCCUUCCUGAUAAAAUUCAUAGGUUAGCUUCACUUGAACUUUUGGAUAUGAGUUCAAAUUUUCUAUUUGGUUCUGUUCCUUUUCAGAUGUCAAGAUUGAUUAAGCUUCAUACUUUGACAUUAGAUGGCAACUUUUUCAAUGAAACUUUCCCUGAUUGGUUUGAUUCAUUACACAAUCUUACUAUAUUAAGCUUGAAGAACAACAGGUUGAAGGGUCAGUUUCCUUCUACAAUCUCUAAAAUCACAACCCUCACUGACAUUGUUCUGUCACACAAUGUGCUUUCUGGUAAAUUGCCCGAUUUAACAGCCUUGUCUAAGUUGCUUUUGUUGGAUUUAAGGGAAAAUCAUUUGGAUUCUGAACUGCCACCCUUGCCAAAAAGACUUACCACACUUCUACUUAGCAGUAACAUUUUUACGGGUGAAAUCCCAGUAGAAUUUGGCACACUAAAUCAACUUCAACACCUUGACCUGUCGAAUAAUUCUCUCAGUGGAAUGCUUCCUGCUGGCUUAUUCUCUUUGUCUAGCAUUAGUUACUUGAAUUUAGCAUCUAAUGUUCUUAGUGGUUCACUUCCUAGCCAUCUAAAUUGUGGGGGUGAACUUGGUUUUGUUGAUAUUUCUGAUAAUAGAUUAGUUGGUGUACUUCCUUCUUGCUUGAACACCAUAUCAGAUAAGCGAAUUGUUAAGGUCGGUGGAAAUUGCUUGUCUCUUGACACUCAAUAUCAGCAUUCAGAGGGCUAUUGCAAACAAGCAAACUCGGAUAAGAAACGAAUUACAGGAAAAGAAAUAGCAUUAUUAACAGGUGUCAUUGGGGGGAUUGUAAUUGUUGUGGUGUUUCUGUUAGUUGUGCUUCUCAUCUUCCGUAGAAAACGACAUGCGCAUAACAUGGUGGAUAAGCACAUCCCUCCGAAAGUUGUGCAAAGUACACAGCCGGUUCCCUCUGGACUCCUAGUAAAUGCCAGAGUCAUUUCUCAAGUGGCAAACACAGGAUCACAAGGUGCCCCAUCAUAUCGAGUGUUCUCCAUGGAAGAAUUGCUAGAAGCAACAGAAAAUUUUGAUCAGUCAGCAUUACUUGGUGAAGGUUCAGUUGGAAAAAUUUACAAGGGAAGAUUAGAGAAUGGAGCUUACAUUGCUGUAAGGUCACUAAAUGUGUACAGAAGAUACUCUAACCGGAACCUCAAACUGCGAUUGGACUUACUGUCAAAGUUUCGUCACCCCCAUUUAGUUAGCCUUCUGGGUCACUGCAUUGAUGGUGGAGCACCAGAUGAUUCAACUGUCCCCCGAAUUUUUCUCAUUUAUGAAUAUAUCUCUAAUGGAAACUUUCGUGCUCAUCUAUCAGAAAAUAGUUCAAGAAAGAUCCUCAAGUGGUUAGACAGGUUGUCAGUGCUGAUUGGUGUUGCCAAGGCAGUGCACUUUCUUCACACAGGUGUAAUUCCUUCUUCAUUUAGCAACCGCUUGAAGACGAGUAACAUAUUGCUUGAUGAGCAUAACAUGGCAAAACUAAGUGAUUUUGGGAUGUCCAUUCUUAUGGAAGAAAGUGAAAAGGCAAAAGGAGAUGACGUCACCUCCUGGCAUAUGACAAAGAAAGAGGACGAUGUUUAUAACUUUGGUUUCAUAUUACUGGAAUCGCUGGUUGGCCCUUCUGUCAGUGGAAAAGGAGAAGCAUUUUUGAUGAAUGAAAUGGCAUCCUUUGGUAGCCAAGAUGGUCGACGCAGAAUUGUGGAUCCAAUAGUGCUAGCCACUAGCUCCAAUGAGUCUUUGUCAAUUGUAAUAUCCAUCACCAACAAAUGCAUAUCUACAGAGUCGUCAACUCGGCCCUCGUUUGAGGAUGUUCUGUGGAACCUACAAUAUGCUGCUCAAGUUCAAGCUACAGCUGAUGCAGAUCAGAAAUCCGAUGCUACUUCACCGACAUAAGGAGUCCAAGCGCAUACUUAAUUUGGUCAGAGCAUAGGAGAAUGUUAGCUGAUUAAUUUCAUGAUGGUUGUGGGAGUACCAACCGGUAGGCUAGCCUUAAAGCUCAAGUUUAAGCUACAGGUCCCCCUAUAUUUUGUAUCAGAAGUGUAAAUUUUGUUGAUUCUAGUAAUAGGUGAUGUUUCCAUAUAGCAUAGACCCUCAUUUUAAAUUCCAUCAUUGCAACUAGGCAAUUGAAGUCGUACAAAUCUAGAUUCAGACAAGACAAUACAUAUGUUUGGUGCAACGGAAAUAAAAAGAAGAAGAUAUGAUAGA